AGGUUAUUUAUUUUAGGAUAUUACUAUAUAUUAUUUAAGGAUAAAACUUGUCAUAAAGACUUGAGCUGGCAGAAAUACCUCUUUCUUCAGAUUGAAUGAAUUCAAGCUAUUUCCUUCUUAACCAGCUUACAGUUGGGGAAACUGAAUAAAACGCAUGUGUUCGAACAGCCAAAAACACAUUUACAACCCAUGCUUGCUGAUAUGAUUUCUCUCGCUCAACAACAACGAUUUCAGCAAGAUGAUGUUUAUAAUGUUUAUAACACUUCAGAUUCUAGAGUGUAUUUGAUUAGACAGAAAAUCUAAUGAGAAGCUGAAGUGCAGAAUGAUGUCAUCAAAAUCGUUGAUCCAUGUCAGUGGUAGAGAGAGACUAUACAUUUUGAAUGCGUAUAUCUUCUACAUGCGACUGUUGUCGUUGUUUUGGAGCGCACUAGCUUAUAGACAACCUUAAGACUAACAUGCCCAUACUAAAAGCCACAACGCUUCUAUUUUGAUUUCAUGGGGACUUUAAAAACAGCGUUUGCUCUGGGUCUGGCUGACGUGUGGGGCGGGGCUAUGUCGGAGUGACGUCAUCACAACUGGGACGUAAGCACCCCGACACAAUGACAACACGCGCAGUGGAAUGCUUGUGAAAUAAAUGUAGUUGAAGAAUUUUACCGUUAGAGCCGUAUUUAGUUUCGGAUUUUGAGUGUUAAAUAGUUGAAAUAGCAAAAAAAAAAAAAAAAGCAGCGCUUAUGAGUGGCGUUUAUUGCUGUUUUGCUGGACAUGAAAACACAGCAGCUCCAAUCAACAAGCUCAAGCGGGACGCAGCGGAUACAAAGCGGAGAAGAAGACUCCUAAAGUCAAGCAUGCAUACAAGUUAACGGUUACUGUUUUUUUUUUUUUUAAAUUGCAAACAAAAACAAACCGAAUUCAUAAAAAAAUAUACCCGGUUUAAGGAUAAGAAGUGUCUGGACCCGCCAAAAAACAAAGCUGAAGAGAAUUUGAGGCCGCCGUACCAGAGUGCCUCGAGCACCAGUGCUCCCCCACCCGUGGCUGUGACUCGUUCUUCACAACAUCCCCAAUGCGACCAUGGGAAAUAGCUGUGAAUAGGCGGCCGCCAACAGCCCCCUUAAACCAGAGGAGCUUCAUCGGGGGUCCCUGCAACGCGCCCGUGCACCUCAGGAGAAGGUGGGACUGUGCUGCUACAACUCUCAUUCUUUCAGCAAGUGUGUUCAUGUUUCGCUCACUUAAAAGUCCUCCAGCGCGCUGGCAGUGGGGGCAGCGAGACAGAACGGCUGCGCACGCUUCCCCGCGGCAGGAUGAGAAUUUUCCCCACCCCGCAUUCCCUCAGCAGCAGCACCAGCACCAGGCCGUUCCUGUAGAGGAGGCGAGGCAGUACAGCCAAGCCGGCGCACCGCCCCGCAUGCUCCAUCCGUCCACACACCCGCCGCAGCAGACCUCCAUCAUGGUGGACCUUCAUGAACAAAUGCACCAAGGAUCUGUUCCGAUAUCUUACACAGUUACCACGGUGACGACCCACGGCUUUCCCAUGCACACAGGGCAGCCGAUCCCAGCAUGCAACGCGCAGCAGCUCCCAGCAUGCUCGGUAAUGUUCAGCGGACAGCUCUCUCUGCUCUGCUGCCUUCCUCCUCCUCUAAUCCAGGCGUGCACCAUGCACCAUUUACCCGUGUCUUACCAGGCCUUUCCGCCUCUGAUCUCCAGCGAGCAUUUCCUCCUGCACCCGAGUCCUCCAGUGGCACCGCAUCAGCCCCCGGCGCUGGCGCCACUCAGCCACUUCAUCCCCCUGCAGCCCCAGCACCCACGCAUGCCUCUGCAAAGAGUGGAGAACGAGGUGGACCUGAGAGGAGAGCAGCACCAUUUGGGAACUUUCUCGUACCCUGCGGCUCAUCACCCACCAGCAGCCAUGCCCCCUUCCGUGCCCCUGCAGUACCACCUGCCCCAAGAACCCCUACAUCAGGAGCUGCCCUUUGCGGUGGUGAGUGAAAAUCCAUAUCCACACAUGCUGCCCAGGCGUGGGAGUGGCCAGAGGUAUCGCUUACAGCAGCCGCUGCCUCCUCCUCCCCCUCCUCCACCCUACUACCCCGGCUUCCUCCCUUACUUCCUCUCGAUGCUUCCUGUGCCUCCGACUGCUGUGGGUCCGGCUAUCAGCUUGGACCUGGACGUGGACGACGUAGAGAUGGAGAACUACGAGGCGUUACUGAACCUCGCAGAGAGGCUCGGUGAGGCUAAACCUCGAGGACUGACGAAGGCCGACAUCGAACAGCUUCCGUCCUACAGGUUCAACUCGGAAAAACACCAAUCAGAACAGACCCUGUGUGUCGUUUGCUUUAGUGAUUUUGAGUCAAGGCAGCUACUUCGAGUAUUACCCUGUAAUCACGAGUUUCACGCAAAGUGUGUGGACAAAUGGUUAAAGAGUAACCGCACGUGUCCAAUCUGCCGUGCGGACGCUUCCGAAGUUCACCGUGACGUGGAGUGAGUCCGGGCCUUCGUCCUUCACUGGAUAACAGCACAAACCUUGGAGUGUGUGGUGGGAGCGGGCACACACAUACACUCACACUCACAUAAUACAUGUGCGCACCACCCGACACCUGUGCCCUCCAGCAAAACUUAGAAGCAUCUCCUACACACUCCAACUGCCCCCUCCUCCCAAACAUUCGACCAAUAAGCAAUCUUGGAAUUUGUACGGAUUGUGUUAGACCUCCGCUGUGCUUCUCACGCAAGCUACUGCCUCCUCUGAGCCCGGCCAACUCCCACAAGCACCGUUUUCCAGUUUUCAUCCGCCCCGCCCUUAUUAUUAUAAUUUUUUUUGCCGAUUCCAAAGAUUAACAUGUGUGGUGUUGGCAUCUGUUUACACGGUUGAAUGUGUUCUCGCUGUUCGCUUACGAAUAAUCCAAGCUGUGCUGUAGUGGCGUUAAGGGAAGACAAGGAGGGGGUUCGAGGACGUUGCUCAAUCGGGGGAGGAGAAGAAAAGGCAACCGCCGUUUGGUUUGUCCAUUCCACUGUCUUUUGGAGAAGAAAAAAGAAACGAAUCGCCUGAUCAUUAGCUGCAUGUUUGUAUAGGUGAUGGGGCUGAAGUGACUUGUUAAUAAUGUAUGUUUUGCAAUAAUGUAUUGAUGAUUUCAAUAGCUCUAUCCCAGCUUUGCUAAUGUGAGCGUGAAGGGCAGUGGCUCCGAAUCUUUUGAGCUAAUGACGAAGAAAAAAAAAACAUGUACUGCAAACUAAACAGGAUGAAUGUGUGCGUGCGUGUGUGCGUAUACACGUCUGCUCCUGGGCCUCAUCGCUGUGGAGUUUUGCACUGUUGCUGCACUGGAAAGGUCACAAGGAUGAGGACCUUGGCGCGACCUAUGACCUCUGUCCGCCUCCCAACCUGGCUGUACUGCACAGGGAAGCCCUCCUUUCGUCUCCUCCAUCCUUCUCUACGUUUGCUCUCUUCUGGAUGGUGUCUCACGGACUGUUGUUCUUUUUAGGUUAGCAAUACUUUCGACUCGACGAGCUUCUUGCUGCAUUUCACGCGCAGGUUCAGCGGGACAGCGGCGAAGGGAAUUUCACUUUCACCUGACGUCCAAACAAACUGACUUUGGAAAAAGGUGUCAGUCCCUUUUGCAGAAAGCAAUAUGUGUAACGAGUGUCUGUCCUGAACGAAUCCUUCUUUUUUUUUUUUUUAUUGUUUUGUUUUAUUUCGGAGGACCGGGCUUUUUCCUCAUCUGUGAGCCAAAUAUUCAAUAAUUCAAUACACUCUCCAAGGAUACAGCUCUGCCUUCUUCAAGACGUUGACAAGCACAAACUUGUUACUAAUCAUAAACGGACAAACAAACAAACAAAAAAAAGUAGACUCCGUAGUCGGUUUAACUUCUUUUAGGUUUUUAAAACUGGUGUUAUUUAUCGGCUUUAUCUUCUGGAUUGAUGGGCAGAGCACUAGCACGGUGUA